AUGAAAAUAUUAAAAAUAUUAUUAUUAAUAAUACUAUUAUCAUCAAUUGAUAGUUGUAUUUCAAUAUCAAGUAAAAAUGUUAAAAGAAGAUUAUUUAAUAAUGAAGAGGAUAUAGUAUCUACAAAAGAUGGAUUAAUUAGGGGAAUUGUUGUUAAAGAUCAUCGUGUAUUCUAUGGUAUUCCUUUUGCUCGUCCACCAAUUGAUGAAUUACGUUUUGAAGAUCCAAUUUUUCCAAGAGUUUGGAAAAAUGUAAAAGAUUGUACAAGACAAAAGGAACAAUGUAUUCAAAACUGUAGAUUGGGUAAUGGAGCAUGUUCUCAAGUUGGAACUAGUGAAGAUUGUCUUUAUUUAGAUGUUUUUGUUCCAAGAAAAUCAGAUAUUACAAAUUCUUCUUUAAUUCCAGUUUUAGUUGUUAUUCCUGGUGGAGCAUUUGUACAAGGUACUGGAUCAUGUUUACUUUAUGAUGCAAGUAAAUUUGCAAAUUCAUCAAUUAUUGUUGUAAAUAUAAAUUAUAGACUUGGAGCAUUAGGUUUUUUGGGAACUGAUUUAUUAAGUGGUAAUUUCGGGUUCUUAGAUCAAGUUAUGGCUUUACAAUGGGUAAGAUCAAAUAUUGAAGCAUUUGGUGGUGAUAAGAAUAAAGUGACCAUUUUUGGAGAAUCUGCUGGUGCAUUAUCUGUGAUAUCUCAUUUAGUUAGCGAACGUUCAAAGAAUUUAUUCCAACGUGCAAUUGUAUCAUCGGCAACCUUUACACUUGGUUUAAAAACUAAAUCACAGAUUAGAGGUAUUUCAAAUGGUUUCACAAGUAAAAUUGGUUGUAAUAUUGAAGAUAUUGAUUGUUUACGUUCAAAGUCACCAGAAGAGAUUUUAAAAGCACAAGAUCAAGUUGCAAAUGUAUUCAGGGGGAAGCUAUUAGAUAUUGUAACAGUUUGGACACCAGUUGUAGAUUGUGAUAUUAUAUUAGGUCAACCGUUAACAAUGAUUAGAGAUGGUAUUUUAGUUAAUAAUGUCCCAUUGAUAAUUGGUGAAACUAAAGAUGAGGGUAAUUUAUUUGUAUAUUUUAAUUUCCAAAAAAAGAUCACACAACAUAAAUAUAGAAAUAUGAUUUCCCUAAUGUUUGGCUCAAAUAGUCAAAUGGUUUUAAAUAAAUACCCCGCUCCGACAAGUGAUGAUGGUGAUAAUAAAGGAGAUUGUAGACCUAUUUUAUCGAAAUUAUAUGGUGAUUACGUUUUCCGUUGCCCAAAUAGAUAUCUAAUUAAUAGAUUAUUAACUCAAAAUAAUAAAUCAUCAUCAUCAUCAUCACCUGUAAUUUACCAUUAUCAAUUCAGACAUUCAUUAUCAAGUGGUAAUCCAAUUCCUUAUUGUAGUGGUAUUGUUUGUCAUGGUUCUGAAUUACCUUUAAUUUUUAAUACAUAUGAAUCUGCAAUGAAUUUUGAAUUGGAUGAUGAUGAAAUUCAAUUCUCUCAAGAUAUUAAUAGAUAUUGGGUAAAUUUCAUUUCAAAUGGUGACCCAAACAAAGGUUUAUCCUCAUCAACUAUGAUAGAUUGGUCACCAAUUACAAAAUCUUUAAAUAACUCUUUAAUUAUGGUACCAGAAUUUCAAUUAAAUGAUAUUAUCUCCAUUGAUGGAAGAUGUAAUUUAUUUGAUAAAAUUUCAUAUAGAGGUUAUACUAAAAAAAAUUCAAAACUUUGUCCAAGUUAA